CUAACUCUAAGGCUGCCAGUGAAGGAGACAGCGCUCGGUGCCCACAAUGCGGGGCUCUUUAGGGCUCGCCGUGCUCUAUUUAUUGCCCUGGCUCCUAGCUGCAGUGCCCCAGCUCCCUCCACCAUACGGGGGACCGCCAAGGAGCUUCCCCCGGGCUCGGACGAGGAGUGGCCGCUCCCAAGAUACCGCCAGGGGAGCCGAUUUUGAUCGCGUUUACAGCGGGGUGGUGAACCUCAGCACGGAGGAGAUCUACUCCUUCAAUUACACCAGCAAACCAGAGCAGGUGGAUGCCGUGCGGGUAUAUGUGAACAGCUCAUCCGAGGACCUAAAGUAUCCUGUCCUCUUUGUGGUUCGCCAGCAAAAAGGGGUACUGUCCUGGCAGGUGCCUCUGCUCUUCCAUGGAUUGUACCAGAGAACCUAUAACUACCAGGAAGUGAGCCGAACAUUGUGCCCAUGUGAACCCACCAAUGAAACCAAACCUUCAGAGCAACUCAUAUUUGUAGAUGUAGCAUCCAUGGCUCCUGGAGGGGCCCGGUACAACCUGCUGGUUACCAAAAUCAAGAGCUUCCAGCUUCAGACAAAUGUUGCCUUUCAUUUCACUGCCAGCCCCUCUCAACCUCAGUAUUUUCUAUACAAGUUUCCUAAAGAUGUGGACUCUGUUAUCAUUAAAGUGGUAUCUGAAAUGGUCUACCCAUGUUCAGUUGUAUCAGUUCAGGAUAUUGUGUGCCCAGUGUAUGAUCUUGACCAUAAUGUGGAAUUUAAUGGUGUUUAUCAGUCCAUGACCAAGAAAGCAGCUAUCACUGUACAGAAGAAGGAUUUUCCAGGAGAGCAGUUCUUUGUGGUGUUCGUGAUAAAGCCUGAAGAUUAUGCUUGUGGAGGAUCAUUCAUCAUCCAGGAAAAGGAAAACCACACCUGGAAUCUUCAGCGAACAAAGAGCCUUAAAGUGACCAUUGUUCCCUCCAUUAAAGAAUCUGUUUAUGUGAAGGCCAUAUUACUCAGCUUCCUUAUAUUCUUCUCCUUCUACUUGGGGUCUCUGCUUGUUGCUUUUGUGCACUAUGUCAGAUUUCGGGGGAAAUCCAUAGAUGGAAGAUAUUGUUCAAGUGAUGGAUCUAGGAAUGUAACUGAUUCCCACCCCAUUGCCACCAGCACACCUGAAGGGAGCAGCUAUGGGGCAAUAGAUGAGUCAGCCUCCAGUGGUGGCAGGCAGAUGUCUUCAUCAGAUGGUGGGGCCCGAUACCAGUCAGACACAGAUAGCUCAGUGGAAGAGGAGAGUGAUUUUGACACUAUGCCAGAUAUUGAAAGUGAUAAAAAUGUCAUCCGGACCAAGAUGUUCCUCUACCUGUCAGACCUGUCUAGGAAGGACCGAAGAAUUGUCAGCAAAAAAUAUAAGAUUUAUUUUUGGAACAUCACGACUAUUGCUGUGUUUUAUGCUCUUCCUGUGAUCCAGCUGGUUAUCACCUACCAGACGGUUGUGAAUGUGACUGGCAAUCAGGACAUCUGCUACUACAACUUUCUCUGCGCCCACCCCUUGGGGGUCCUUAGUGCCUUUAACAACAUCCUCAGUAACCUUGGUCAUGUACUUCUGGGCUUCCUUUUCCUCCUGAUAGUCUUGCGUAGAGAUAUCCUCCACCGAAGAUCGUUGGAAGCUAAAGACAUCUUUGCAAUGGAAUAUGGGAUUCCCAAACACUUUGGCCUUUUCUAUGCUAUGGGUAUUGCUCUGAUGAUGGAAGGAGUACUCAGUGCUUGCUACCAUGUCUGCCCUAAUUACUCCAACUUCCAAUUUGACACCUCGUUCAUGUACAUGAUUGCGGGACUCUGCAUGCUGAAGCUCUAUCAGACCCGCCACCCUGACAUCAAUGCCAGCGCCUAUUCCGCCUACGCAUCUUUCGCUGUGGUCAUCUGUCUGACUGUCCUUGGAGUGUUGUUUGGAAAAAAUGACGUGUGGUUCUGGGUUAUCUUCUCUGCGAUCCACAUUCUGGCCUCCCUUGCACUUAGCACACAGAUCUACUAUAUGGGCCGCUUCAAAAUAGAUGUGUCUGACACAGAUUUGGGAAUUUUCCGCCGGAUUGCAAUGGUAUUCUACACUGACUGUAUCCACCAAUGUAGCCGACCGCUGUACAUGGACAGAAUGGUGCUGCUCAUUGUUGGGAAUCUUGUUAACUGGUCCUUUGCUCUCUUUGGACUGGUGUAUCGGCCCAGGGACUUUGCUUCCUACAUGUUGGGGAUUUUUAUCUGUAACCUGCUGCUAUACCUGGCCUUUUAUAUCAUCAUGAAGCUCCGCAGCUCUGAGAAGGUCCUCCCCAUCCCACUGUUCUGCAUCCUUGCCACGGCUGUGGUGUGGGCAGCAGCCCUUUACUUUUUCUUCCAGAAUCUCAGCAGCUGGGAGGGAACCCCAGCAGAAUCCCGAGAGAAGAAUCGUGAUUGUAUCCUGCUGGAUUUCUUUGAUGACCACGAUGUCUGGCACUUCCUUUCUGCAACUGCCUUGUUUUUCUCAUUCUUGGUAUUGUUAACUCUAGACGAUGACCUGGAUGUUGUCCGGAGAGACCAGAUCCCAGUCUUCUGAGUGAGGGCUGUGUGAUGUGAGAGGAAGUGGUCACUCUUGGUGCUUCCCCAUAGAUCAUGCAAUGACUGCAUCAGAGCAGCCAUUGCCAGAGAUUCCUUGAUCAUCUGUCAAGAGGACAAACCUGUCUGCAUCCAAAUAGUGAGCAUGUGAAAAGAGGAGGGGGAAUUGGAAAGAUCGUGCCCCGUGGAAAGGGACAUAGUGAAUCACGACCAACUCCGAAAGCCAACGACACACCUUGAGUUCUUCUUCCAUUUGCCAUUCUGCAAGUGAGAUGUGAACAAGAAGUAUAGAUAUCAUUUACACGGCAUUGUUUCACAAACCCCCCUCCCAGAAUUGCUCAGCAGUAGCAAAUUGAUGGUGCCUGCUUUUCUUUAAUCUCAGUGCCCAGUAAGAGUAAAAACUGACUUCACGUGAGAGAUUUUGGCUUCAGUCACUCGUUUCUGUAAGCUUUUCUGCUCCUGGACAAGCCAAAGUUUCAGUUUGCAUCUUCUGGGCCUUGGUGGUGAUGGUCACCCUUUCAGUGUGCAGUAUAUAAACUAGGUGGCACUUGUCAAAGUUUCCCUUCAGCCAGGGGUGGUAUCACGAGAUCCAACAGAGUGCACUCUUGGGAAGGAAAGCUGUAUAUUCUUGCAUAGGCUCCUGAGUCCAUUAAGAAUAGGACUUUUGCGGGAUGUUCCUAACGACAGAGACCCUGUUCCCAUGACAGUCAACUGGUUCAGAAUACUCGUGUUCUUAACUGUCCUUCUGCCUCUCAAGCACGCAUGUCUGCAUCUCACUUCUCUUCUGUUAACUCCAUACUUCGGCUUAACCUUCCUGGGAAGGCCCUGCUCCUUAAACCUCCUGCCAGUUCCUGGUGUGACAAAAACCCUCUCAAAGCAUGUGGCGGGGCGGGAAAAUCUCAACUACCAGCAUAAUAAUACCCAGCAAGUGAAGUCAACCCAGCAUUCCAGUUGGCAAAAUCAUCAGCAACUUCAGGAUUAAAUACGAUCUGCCUCACCCUCAGGGGCCCAAUCUUAGAAGACUCUAAACUUUGGUGCAAAUGCCCCAAAGUAACAGUGCUUACUUUGUUCUUCUACCCAAAUAGCUAAAUGGUGCACCUAAAACAUCAAUGAGAGGGAAGCAGGCAAACAACCAGGAGCCAGGAGACUUGGCAAUGCACUCAAUUGAGCUCCAACGCUAACAGAAGGCCUACCCUCUAGUUAGUCCCUUCUUCAAUAGGCUCAGACCUUCCUACUUUGAGCUGUUUUUAAACAUCCUUUCCUAGCUGCAGAGAGCUCUGUGGAUUUUAAUGAUCUCUUUUGGUAAUACCUGAUAGUCUUUUUCUUCCCCAAAAAAGGUGUGGAAAAGCUUUGGAAUCUUACGUCCACUAUCUUAUUGUAUGGCAGGCUUGCCUCUGUGAGGCUGAGAGCCUCCAUUUUGACCUUGUUCCCUUCUUUAAUGGAGUUUGAUGUGAGAGGAAAACUGAAUUUUGGAUGAAAUUUAAGUCGCCUAUAUUUUUUUUGACCAAGCCCCUCAAAGAGAUGAAUUUUACAUUUUUUUAAAAAUUGCUUUUUAGCAUUAUCCUUACUCUAAAAUAUUUGCAUAGCAUUUAAAAAAUACAUUUUGGAAGUUUUACUUGGCAAGCCUUUUCUUGCUUUCAAAACAUGUGCACAUGCACAGAGAUGCUUGAAGUGAAAUAUUUUGUGAAAAAUUUCUGAACAGCCAAAAUGCAUUUAAUAGCAUUCUGUUUUUCUUCAUUCUUAAAAAGACUCAUUUUUAUAGCUGCAGCCACAUGGAGGCUAUUAAUUACAUAUUCAUCUUAAACCAUAAAACCAAGUCCAAAGCCUGUUUAACUGCACCUGGCAUUCCUUAGACUAUAAUCCAUGAAUUCUUUUUAUUUUAUUUUUUUUUGUUUAUAAGCCCCACUAAGGAAAAAUAAACCAAAACAUCCAUCCAACCAGCACCAUGGCCUAAUCUGAACAAGCUGUAAAGUCCAUUUCCAAUUCUGUAUCUUCCUUGGAAAAUAAGUCAAUAGAACCAGAGGGUGGGAGGUGGCCAGGAGAGGUCAGGAUGGUUAUUUUAACAUUGUAUUGUUUAUCAUUACUCCGAUGUCUAUUUUGUGCUGUAAAAUCCCUGAUUAUUGUGAAUUUUGUUCUAUGCAGCAGGAUUGUAAGCCCAGAUCAACCCUGCCGUGAUAAAAAUCAAUACUGAGACCCAA